CUGACAAUUAGUUGCCGUCUUAUGCUCGUCGCCAAAAGUCGUCGCUUCUUGCCCCGCACUCGGCGCUGAACCCAACUCAGAACUCAAAGUUUGCACAACAGUUCCACACAGUUCCACAUCCACAACCCCAAGGAACCCCCAAACGAUCGUGUGAUAUUCCGAAACCCAAUUCGACAUCAAAAUAAUCGAAAUCUAACCAUCUAAUAUAGUUCUACAAAAAAUUCGUGUAAAUCUGUGAAUUUUGUAAUAAAGUGUAAAUUCUGUGUGCCACAGAUCAUGAGAUCGACCAAUCUAUUCAGAAGUUGGAAACUAAGGCCACAACAUGAAACGUAGGAAAAGCAGAAACAAAACGCCAAACGCUGAUUUCAAACGUUCCAGAACUGGAGUCAUGUCAUGGGAUUGUUAUAUAAAGGUUCCAGACUCUUGAACAUAAUUCUGGAUUCCCUGGAAGAUCAAGAGGGUGGAGCUAUGUACAUAUCGUGCGAUGUCUCAAACGGAGGUCCCGUGGAACCAGAGACGGGCUAUGUGCCCAACAAUCCCUUAUUCGGCCUGGCGCUGGACAGCCCGCAGCAAGAGUGCGCUGCAUCCUGCGUCGGCUGCCUGUCCUGCCAAGGCAACACCGCCCUGCCCAUCUCCUCGCUCACCAGCAGCGACUUCGACUGCGGCGGCUGCUUCGAUCCCACCAUCGGCGUUGGAAUCGGCAUCGGUAUCAGCGGCGGCGGUGGCCACAUCCAGAUCAACACCACUCCGCCGGCUAGCAGCGGCAGCAACCUAACGGGCACCGGUGCAGGUAGCGGCAACAACGCCGGCAACGGCAGCAACAGCUACUGGAGCACCGACGAGAUGGCUUCCACCUUCCCCGGCCUGCCGCCCCUGGACAUUGACCCGCUGCCCAGCCUGUUCCCCUUCUCGCCGUGCGGCGCCUCCUACAACUUCGCCGGCAAUCCGCACCAGGCCUCGCUGUCCUACACCGUCCAUCCCCACCAGAUGCUCAUCUCGCCCAACGGUGGCCAGCAGCACGGACAUGGCAACCACCAGUCCCAGCACCAGCAUCACCAGCACCUACACUCGCAGCAAGCGCAGAACCAGGCAUCGCACGGCGGGAACACGCUCCUCCAAGGCAGCAGCAGCAACGGAGGCGGUCCCGGAAGCGGCUCGUGCUACUAUGAGGCGGGACCCAGUGCCCCGACAGCCGCAGCGGCCAUGUACCCCAGCAUGAGUGUGAACGUGAGCAUGAACAUGACCAUGCACCACGGCUACGGGGCCGCCGACGGCACAGGAGUGCCCAUGCAGUGCUCCCAGAUGAACUGGACGCCACCCAGCAGUUCCUCGGCGGUGAAUGUGCUGUACCCGCCGCUGCUGAGUCCCACCCACUACCCUGCCUCGGCCACCUACUCUUUCACGGCGGACUUCCGUGCGCCUGUCCCGACACCCACAGGACUGGGGUCUUUGCCGCCGCUGGCCGUCGGUGACAAGGAGUCGCCGUCGCCGCCUGCCCCCAGCACAUCCGCCGCCCUGGGCUACUAUGCCGCGGGCGUGGGUGGAGGCCAGAGCUACACGCCGCCCCACAAGAGCCCUGGGAGCGGGUACCAGGUGGGGGCGUCGGCCUUGGGGCUGGGACUAUCUGCAUUCGACGACGAUGGGGAGGACAGCACCGAGGAUGGGGACGGCAGCGCCGCCGGCGAUUUGAAGCCGAACCUGUGCCGGCUCUGCGGGAAGACGUACGCCCGGCCCAGCACACUGAAGACGCACCUACGCACCCACUCUGGCGAGCGGCCGUAUCGCUGUCCGGACUGCAACAAGAGCUUCUCCCAGGCCGCCAACCUGACGGCCCACGUACGCACACACACCGGCCAGAAGCCGUUCCGCUGUCCCAUUUGUGAUAGACGCUUCUCGCAGAGCUCCAGCGUCACCACGCACAUGCGCACGCACUCCGGGGAGCGGCCGUACCGUUGCUCCUCCUGCAAGAAGUCCUUCUCGGACAGCUCCACCUUGACCAAGCAUCUGCGCAUCCACAGCGGCGAGAAGCCCUACCAGUGCAAGCUGUGCCUGCUCAGGUUCUCGCAGUCGGGCAACCUCAAUCGGCACAUGCGCGUCCAUGGCAACAACAACAACAAUGGCAGCAGCAGCGGCAGUGGCAGCAACGGUGGUGGCAGCAGCCUCCUCACAUGACAAAAGCCACGCAGUGCAGGCGGUUUUCAGCACUAUCACCCCCCGCACCAGCACCCGAAUCAUCUACAUCAUGUGCACCACCAGCACGCAGCACAUCAGCACCACCACCAGGCCCACGCACACGGCCACUCCCACAUGAGCAACUACGACUACGGGAACUACAGCAUCAGCGACUACACUCCACCCGGCGCCACACAAAACUAUUCAGGGUAUUAUUUCUGCGCACUCAACAAGCCGCCCAAGUUCGAGCGUUUCUACUAGAGCCCCAUAAGAGAUAUAGGGACAUACAUAUAGGGAUAAAUAUACAUACAUAUACAGAUAUAGGUAGCAUCUACCAGGUACACACGCUCAGAACAAAGUUCAUGAAAAUGGAACAAUGGAACAAUGGCCCAACAGCCAAAUUCGAAUGGUGGAGAUGAUUUAUCCUUGCAGAAAACACUUCUCAUUGGUUUCAGCAAAGUCAUUCAAACACAAACUGAACUAAAUAUUAAAGGUAUUCUUAAAGCAGCAUUUGAUGUGCAAUGGAUUAUUCUAACGUAAAUUUAAAAUUUCAAAUGAGCCACACAAAUGAUCCAUAUUAUUUCGGAUUGUUUAAUAGAAUAUCAUUAUACUGCAAGGGAUAAAUCAAGUAGGUACUUAAAAAGUUGUUAACGGUAAACAUUAAAUAUUCAGAGAGAGAGAGAGAGCCUCCAAGUGCCGCUCCAGAAUGCAGUUUAAAAUGCUCAAAUUGAUGUUUCUGUUGGAUCGAGGAUAAUUAAGCAAAUAUCGCGACGGAUCCGUAUCCGGUCUAGCCCUAAGUGCUUCACUGUACAUACAUGCAUACAUAUAGACUUAUAUACAUAUUGUAUUUAUUAUAUUCGCAUAGCAUUCAUAUAUACAUAUAGAGUACAUUCGUACGCAUGUAAGGUAGUUGAAAAACACGCAUAAAUCUAUUCAAAAAAAUUAGCCAACGAAGUAGACAUUAAGUCAGAUGAAUACACCCUCACAACACAGCAGCACCCAAAAUGAGAAAAUUUAAACACACACAGACACACUUACAAGUUAAUCAUAUAAAUAGUUUUAGCGUUUAAGUUUACAUUUAGGACAGGUGCUUUGAUUGAUCUAAGUCAACGUUUGCGUAUACCGAAGCAAAGUAUGAAUAAUAAAUAUCGAAAAGUAUUUAUAAAGUUAUUACAACACAGAGUAACCCUACUUUAUUUUUGACAGCUUUCGUUAACAGGAAUUAUUAAUCAAUUAAUGUUCGACAAUGACAGACAGUGAGCCUGAGUGCAAAAGGUGACUACAUGAAACGGGGUUUUAGGAGAACUGAAGUAUGGAAUUUUCGUCUUUUCCCAGCUGUAUGGCUGUAUCCAUGUCCUUGGGCUUGAGCAUGGUGCUGGAGUAUGUUUACGCCACGCCGGAGUCGCCCGACCCUUUACCUUUGGAGCAGGACUUGAAUAAGGCAAGAGGUUCGGCGUCGACUAGCCAAAAACAUCACCGCAAUCGACUAAGAGAGAACCAAGAGGAUCAUUUAUACAAGUGCCUUUUCUGCCAGGAGGUGUUCGCAAGCCGCUACGAUCGCAAUACACAUCAGAAUUGUCACCAGAAAGAGAAUAAUCUCAAGUCGUUCCGUUGUGGGUGGAAGCAAUGCUCUCGCGGCUUCGAAACCGAACUCAGUAUGGUGAAACACCAACGUAUAAUGGGACACCACAACUGGAAGGAUAGUUGCUGCCGCUGCAAGCUGCUUUACCCGAAUUCCCAAUCGCUAAUGGCACACUCAAAAUCAAAGAAAUGUGAUAUUGUCUCUAAAAAUACAUAGUAUAGUGAGGAGGCGUAACAGAAAAAUUGUAUUUGAAUGGCAGUGAACAGAUAUUGCUUCAACAAAUAUUAUCUACUAAAUAAACAGCUUCUGUGUCCCCGCCGCAUAUGAGGCGCGGCCCAUUCGUAUCAAAGGAAUUGAUGGCUUUGCGAAUUCCGGUCAACACGCCAUCCACAUUGACCAGCGAACGCAAACGAUCCCCACUCAGCCAGGCGCUGUUGCCAUCUAGAAGGUUUCGGUCGCCUAUCCCCUUGUUAUCCGACCACAUCCAGACCUCGCCUUCCUCGGCGGCUGUGAACACCUUCGAGGGAUCGCUACGAUGGAAGGCGAUGUCGGUAAUGGCACUUUCAUGUGCACUCAGGUAAGAGGAAGGUAACUGCAAGUUGCGCAGAUCCCACACCGUUAUAGUGCCCUCUUCAGUGCCGCAAAGAAGAAUGUGGUGCUGCACGGGAUGCGUACCCAGGGCGGAAACAAAGUUGGAACUUUUUUCGUCCUUGCUGCCCACCAUGAUGGAAAUUUUUUCCUGCGCCGCGGUGGAAG